AUGGGUAAAUCGAAGAAACUGAAAUCAGGCGCCGGUGAUUUGAUUUCCAAGUCAGCAAUUCCACUGGAUCUGCAAAUUGAACGUAGUAAACGUGAAAGUGGGCGUGAUGUAGCACGCGUGAAGCAGCGAAAAUUGAAACGGGAGAGAUCGGUCGAUGAAUAUAUCGAUGAAUCGCUAUCAAAUAAAAUCCUGAAAACGGCUUGGAAACAAAAACAAGAUAUAGAAGCCAUGGAGGAAACAAAGACGGAGGAUAUAAUACAGAAGGAUAAGUUAGAAAGGAUACGAAAAGUAAAUCUUGGGAACGAUUCUUCGAAUUCUCCCUCGGACGACGACUUCAUCUCUGAUAAUGAUGAUUAUGACGAUGCUGUUUUGCCAAUAAAUCCGGAAGAUGAAAGAGCAAUCGAAAAGUUUAUGUCAAAAACUGAUACUCCAUCGCGGACAUUUAACGACAUAAUAAUUAAAAAGAUUGAGAAGAAGAAAGCGGAACUUGAAUUUCAAUCAGUGUGUCCAGAAGAUGAUGACUUUGUGAUAAAACAGAUGGAUCCAGCGGUUGUAGAAAUGUAUCGCGAGAUUGGCUUAGUAUUAUCUCGUUACCGGAGUGGUAAAAUACCAAAGGCUUUUAAAGUUCUUCCAAAAAUGAUGAACUGGGAACAAUUAUUAUACCUUACAAAUCCUGAUAAAUGGUCAGCAGCAGCUAUGUAUCAAGCGACCAGGAUAUUUGCAUCAAAUCUUCAUUCGAGGAUGUGUCAAAGAUUUUACAACCUGAUAUUGUUACCGCGGUUGAGGGAUGAUAUUAGCGAAUACAAAAAGCUAAAUUUUCAUCUGUUUCAAGCGUUGCAUAAGGCAAUUUAUAAGCCGCAGGCUUUUUUCAAAGGAAUUCUUUUGCCACUUUGCGAAUCAGGAACAUGCACAUUACGUGAGGCAACGAUUUUCGGUUCCGUGUUAGCAAAGACAUCGAUACCAAUGAUGCAUGCUGCAGUUGCGAUGCUUAAAAUCGCAAAUAUGGAAUACACUGGUUCGAAUUCGUUAUUUUUGAGGAUAUUGAUUGAUAAAAAAUAUGCUUUGCCGUACCGAGCCAUUGAUGCAUUGGUAAAUCAUUAUCUGAGGUUUCGAAAGGAAGAACGACAGUUACCUGUUCUUUGGCAUCAGUCAUUGCUGGCUUUCGCCCAACGAUAUAAAAAUGAUAUCAAUGAUGAGCAGCGUGCAGCUUUACUGGAACUAACAAAAGUGCAAAAUCAUUACCAGAUAACACCUGAAAUUUGCUGUGAAUUAAUGUCUGCGAAGAAGAAAGAAAGUGAAACCGAUAGAAUGUUAUAG